GGCAGUCUGCUGCAGGUCAAGAAAGAUGGCGGCGGAGGAGAGCAGGUUGAAGCAGCGGAAUCAUAAAAACAGCAUCUUCAAAGAAGGUGGCCACGGGUUCAAAUCGGACACGUCCCCGAUGAGGCGUGAGGAGGAGGAAGAUGACCUGCUGGAGGAAGAAGAGGAGGAAGAGGUGGGCGUGGCCAGGCCGGUGCAGAUCGUGGUGGCGGAUGAGGAGGAGCACUCGUUCUCUCUGCAGGAGGAGGCUCUGGAGCGACUGCUGCUUCAGGAGGAGGUGCAGGACCUCCACGUGGUCGUCGUCUCGGUGGCCGGAGCUUUCCGCAAGGGCAAGUCCUUCCUGCUGGACUUCAUGCUGCGCUUCAUGUACAAACAGUCGGACUCUUGGGUGGGCGGCGAGGAGGAACCUCUGACCGGCUUCACCUGGCGAGGCGGUUGCGAGAGGGAGACCACGGGCAUCCUGGCCUGGAGCGAGGUGUUCGUGGUGGAGAAACCAGACGGCUGCAAGGUUGCAGUUCUUUUAAUCGACACACAGGGGGCGUUUGACAGCCAGUCCACCAUCAAAGACUGUGCCACGCUGUUCGCCCUGAGCACCAUGACCAGCUCCGUUCAGGUGUACAACCUGUCCCAGAAUGUCCAGGAAGACGACCUCCAGCACCUCCAGGUCAGUAACAGCCUGCGGUCAGUUUUACAAACAGCUCCCAGCCCAUUCUGCCUUCUCUCCAACCAACCGAUACGGGGUAAAAAAAAAUCUGCACGCUACCUGGACUAACUAAAUCAGCCACA